AUGUUCGGCGAAUCCGAAUCGGAGAGCCCAAGAGUUCCCAGCCCUUGGGACUCCCUCAUUUCCACCCCGGCAUCAUCUUCGCCUUCAUCUGGCCCUGUUGUCAGCGCCUCUCCAGUGGUGACGGCAAUUCCCAAGCUGGUACCCGAAGCUGACGAUGGAAAUGUCGAGUACAAGCUUCAGUUGCUAUCUCCGUCUCCAGCUCGUUUUGCGCGCCUGGUCACCCAGCUCAAGUGGCGACUACUGGAAGGAGGAGGUCAGGCGUAUUAUGAAUUAGGAGUGGCUGAUUCAGGCGCCUUAGUCGGUCUGCCGCGCGCAGACCUGGAACAAACACUGGAGACCCUGGAAAUGAUGGCUGGGGAAAUAGGUGCUAGCGUUAUCGUGGUGAAGGAAAUAGAGGUACCAGCUGCUUUGGCGACGCUUGCGAUCCUUGAGGACAGCAGUGGCAAUGGUGCUAAGCGAGGAAGGAAGACCGAGUUUAGGGUGGGGUCGGAGGGUACCACCACAGGCACUGAAACAGAGACGGAACUCUCAACGACAGACGCCGAGGAUCCUGGCGAUAGUGUGCUUCCAAGGAUCCUUUCACUACAUCAACGCUCUUUAUCGCACAGCGCCCCUGGUUCUUCCUCUUCUUCUGUUGACGUGUUCUCAAUGGACAUGGAGUCAGACAUCGCAGAGCAGGCAGACACCGAGUCUGACCUUGAAUCUCCUCCAUCCCAACACCGGUUUUCUAUCGACUUGGAAAUCUCCUCGGUCUUCAAGCCGCGUCCUUUUCGUACCCGAGUUACCAGCAAUCCGGUCCUACUUUCCUCCGCCGAAACCAAGCGCAAUAACAGAGGCGCCAAAAAGAAAGCUAAACACCAUCUGCAUGAUGUGCUCACCUCUUCUUCGGCCCCUUCGCUUCUAUCUACAGACGAGCAACGAAAGGCUACCAAGGGACCCAACCGGCGACAGGCGCGGGAUCGCAGAAGGGAAGAGAGGCGCAAUGCUUUGAUGGCAUUCGCGUCGAAUACGAUCGGACCACCCCAAACUGCAGAUCAAGCCGUAGAUGUCCGAUCACAUACGGAGGAGGGGGCAAAGCAGGAGAACGACAAAGCAGUUCCUGACUCGGCCAACGCUCUUGUCUCCGGGCUUGGGGAGCUUCACGUGUCGAUUGAACCCUUGUCGAGCCAGAAGAUGAAGAGGUUACAGGCGACUGACGACGUUUUCGCAUCUCCCACCCCUUCUACACCCUACACCUCAGUCGCAUCAUCUGGUGCUGAAGAAGGCAAAGACCAGCCUCGACUCAUCGUCGAAGCUCUUGUUGUACGCAAAAUGUCUAUCGAAGAGGCAUUUUUAGACUUUGGUGGUUUCUCGCUAUCUUGA